CAGGGUUCGUCGUGCGUCGUCUAUCGUGCGUUAACAAUUGAACAUUUUGAUAACUACCAGGUUGUUUUUCCGCUUGCUGGAAAGGCCCGAGAAUGUGCCAUUGAUUUGCGACACAACAUUCCGGAAAAAUACUAUUUACCGAUACGUCUCUUCAUUUCCGCUUAAUCCGUGUCUGUUGUAAACAAAUAACAACAUGUCAGCAACAGGUACUUGAAGUAAACAGGACUGGGAUUUUUUUGAUUUGUUGAUGGAAAAUCAAAAUGAAGUAACUGUCUAAAAUGUCUUUGUCGGGAAAUGGAAGGAAAUUAUUUUGGCAGGACCACAAAGACAGUUUGAACAGGAUUCGUUCGCAACUUGGUGAUCGAGACUCGCCCGUGAUUUCUCCACGCAGAUCCCCGGGACAUGGAUUAAAACACAGUCAUUCCCCUUUAGGGCUGUACAGAAGGAGUUCCCCUUCACAGUUACCUAGAAUUGACACACCACCACUAGACAAUGAUGGCUACAGAACCAAGAUAAGAGGAAGCAGAUAUGAUGUUGUCCCUCCAGUAAACAACAGGAGAUCGAAUCACCAGACCCCUGAUUAUGAUUCUUGGGGAGAAGAAUCAGACGAUGAAGGGGAGGAGGAGGAGGAGGAACCUCAGCACUUUAUGCCUCUGCCCUAUCCCUACCCUAUGUACGGGUAUCCAGCAUAUCAAGGCUCCUCUAAAAUGCACCCACCGCCCGUCGUAUAUGGAAACCCAUUUCCAGUGUAUUACCCACCUCCACCAGUUUACAGAGAGAGAGGGAAGAAAAGGGGUAAAGGCAAACAGCCGGUCGAUAGGUUAGAAGUACAUCAGUCAUAUCCUGCUGGAAGAAAAUCUAGAAAAAACGGAAUUCAGUUUACAGUGCCAAGGGAAGUAACUAGAGAACCGAGGGUCUUUGAUACCAGUGGAAAUGACAUUCUGAAAAAAUACAGGUACAUAUAUCCAAGAGAUUCUCCUUUGAGUCGAAUUAACGAUGGAGGUUAUGUAGAAAAGCGAUACAGAGAUGACCAGGAAUCUUUGAUGAAUUUUUACUUCAAAGAACACCCUGUGUUUGCUGAAAAUUUCACAGACUGGCUAACUCUGGAUUUACUUGAUGAAAUAAUACCAGAUAUUCUCAUUGAAACACUAACAGCAACUGACAAGGUGUCAUUCAAUCAUUCUAUUCAGCAUAUGUCUGUCCGUGUUCGAGAUGACAUUGUUGAUGAGGUGGUGAAAUCCAUGACAAGAGAAGCUGUGCGAGGGGGACUGGGUGAAAUGGUCAAUGAGUACAUGGGACACAACAAUGAGGUACAUUCAGGAGACCCUUUGGUCAUGUUCCUUGAUAAAGUUGUUGAAGAUGCCAUCCAAGACUGCACUGAUGAAGUGGUCAGAGACACUGUCCGAGAAAUGGCGAGUGACCACAUGAGAGUUAGCUCGGCAGCAGCGGUGGUGGAUGAACUGGUCCUUGAUCAUUUACAGGAUAUACAAAGGGGACUGGUAGAUGAUAUUGUUCAAGAGCUGGUUCUGGAAGAGUUCAUAGAAAGCUAUGUUAUUGAACAUGAAGUGGAAGAAGAGAUUGCUGAAAUAGCAAAGGAGGUUCUGGAACACUAUGACACCAAGAUUGAGAAAAGGGAACUCAGAGAGGUCUCCAAGAAAGCUGGAGACAAACUGAUGGAAUCUCUCUGCCUGGAGUACCUCUUGUCACUUAUAUCUAGACAAGGAAAGGUGUGGAAUGAAAGUGAUCAUGCCAACAGAUACUUAGACGACAUGAUAAUGAAUCUACUUUUGGGUCAGUACUCCAGUGUCAUUGCUAAUCGUGAUAAAACCCUGGAAAAUCAGCCCUUGAAAAAGCUCCACGAGAAAGUAGUCAGUGAUGUUGCUUUGGACCUCCUGUUGCAGCAGCUAUCAAGUUCCUUAGAUGAGGAUUUGGCAGAUGUUGAUGAAUAUGAGCGUGGUGUGGAUGAUACAAAUUCUAUGGUUAAUAUUGCUCAUCUGAACAACUUUACAAGCCAAAGGAAAAAGAGAGACUGACAUUUUUGAAUGCUGCAUUAGAAGUUCAAGCACAAAGCACUCGAUAGUAUUGUGAUUUGAGGAAAUCAUUUGCUCCAGAGAUUUACCAUAAGAUUUUAUAAAACUCCAGAAAAAUUAUUCAGGACUAACUUUCAUAGAUAUCUGAACAUUGUGUAUUUUAGAAGUUGUCUUUUGCUGGCCAUAGUAUGUGCCGUGAUUAUGGUCACUUUUACACAUACACCACAUAAAGUGUGCAUCACGCAAUCAGUGCUAGAAGAAAACUAGCCACUCAUUUCUGUUCGAUAAGCUUCAGUGGUGCUAACCAAUAUGUACCUCUUAACCCCUAAACGGCCAGAGGGCACCAUCUACAGUGGCCCCGGGGUAUCUGUCAUUUGAUGAUCUAGUGUUCACGCAUACCAACUGCAGUAAUUUAAAUGACUGUUGUGUGUGCAUAUAUCAUUUAUUCAUUCUUUUGGAAAGAUCACUGCUUUGAUCUACUCCAAUGUCAAUGCAGGCAUCAUAUAAAGAAUGUUUUCUGGGUUUACAACACCUGGUGUCAUUUUGCAGUCAAGGUAGGUGUUGGCAAGAGCUAUUGCUGGAAUAAAUGCAUGAAGUACUUUAUAGACUGGCGGUCAAUCGAACGUUUUGAUCUAUUUAGCAUGGAUGAAUUACUGCUUGCUAGUUUUCCUAGUAUUCCCGAAUAGCAGGUGGUGACUGAAUCAGGAUCUCUCCACCACCAGACUCAUGCCCAUGUGUCAGACCAUCACGCAGUGGAUCAGAUGUUGUGGACACAAUCUGACCUGCUUACAAUAUUUUGUACACUUUUUUCCUAAUUUGAAAUCUCACAAGAUACUCAUCAUGUUAUAAAAUAAUUUCACAACAAGAAAUUGAAUGGUUUGUGAAACACAGAGUUUGAAUUUUUAGCAUCAAGUUCAAGGCAUUAACACACUAACCAUUUUCUAUUGUUAUUUUGUAAGUAAUUUAGUAUGUUACCUUUGGCUACUACAAUAAACAGUAUAUCAGACAAUUAAAGAUGUAUUUAUGAAUGUAAAGGUCACAUGUUUAUGCUCUGGAUCUGUAUCCUUCCACACAGUGACAACAAAGUUGUCAUACCGAGGUUGUUUCGUGUCAUUUCAUCCAAUAUAUUAUGGAUUCUUCCAUUGUUGUGAGAGCCCUUUGCAGUUUAUAGUACCACGAACACUAUAAAUAUCAUUGGUUUCCAAGUGUUAAGAAGACAAACAGAAGUAAAUAAUCUACAAUCAUUGUAAAUGAUUCUUUAUAAAUGAUGUAUUGAAAUUUUUUAAUUCAUUAGAAUUGAGAUCAUGAGUAGAGUUGAUGCAUGCAUUUUGAUGUAAACUGCUUCUGUAAUGUACAAAACAUCAUUUACAUUAAAAUGAGAUUAGUUCUCA